CCGUCCGAAAUAGACAAGGUUAUUCGUCAGGGGAAAUGACUCUGGACUAGUUACUUACAUACGUGGUGAUUUGAGUUUCUUACUUGAUAGAGGAGGCCAAAUAAAAAUUCUAGAUCUAGUGGCCUAGGCCUAGAGCCAAGAGAUCUUGUUAUAAAAGCAACUGGCAAAACAGCUUGCACUGUGAUGGGACACACUCUACACAAGAAUCGUCGGUCAUUUUGCAAAAGAACCUUUUGUGUGAACUCGAUUGGAAUCUUAAUCUAGAUUCUAGAGUCUAGAUCUCUAGUCUACACAGUUACACAGAUACAGAAUACAGACAGUGACAAUAUCUUUGGCAUAUAUUUGUUAUCCUGGCCUGCUCAUCACCAUGGAUAAAAGUAAAACAGUAAUCCUGGAGAUAAGUUCUGAGGACAGUCGCAGCUUGGAGACGGCCUUCAAAGGCAUUGUGGCUGCUGUGUUCUAUGGCGUAUGCUCUGUUUCCUCUGCGUUUGUCUCCAAAGCUCUGAUGGACACUCUCGACUUUGAUUAUCCAGUGACUAUCAUGGUGGCUCAGAUGAUUUUUACUAUCGUGGUACUGGAGUUGUUGAGCAUAUUCCGGAUCAUUGAACUGCAGGCAUUCACCCUAAAAAGGGGUUUGUCAUUUGCGGCACCCUCGUUUUUUUAUGGGACCAAUGCUGUUUUAGCACUGACGGCUCUUUCACACAUGAACAUUGCGAUGUACGGUGUGCUUAAGAGAUGUGUUCCACUUUCUACCAUGCUUUUGUCUGUGAUUGUGCUUAAAAAAGGCUUUCCGUCUCGAAAAACUACGUCAGCUGUCGUGUUGUUGACAACUGGAUGCGUCAUAGCAGGUUAUGGUGACCUUGGCUUCAACUUGACUGCCUAUAUCUGUGGCAUUGGCAGCAACUUCACGCAGGCCCUGUACCUCCUGCUGGUGCAGAAGUUCUCGGAGCGUCAUGUAUCUGUGGUGGAGACGCUUCAGCUCAACAGCUUCAACACUUUGCCUUUGCUAACACUUGUAGCGCUGGUUAACGGGGAACUGUUCGCGGUGCAUAGUUAUCCCAAAUUGACAGAACUUCAGUUUCUGUUAAUGUUCUUCAUGGCCAUCAGCGUGGGCAUGCUGCUGAAUUACUCUCUGUUCCUCUGUACCAGUUUGACCAGCGCCUUGACCACUAGUGUCGUCGGUGGCCUGAAGGCACUCGUUCAGACUCUUCUUGGCUUGGUGACAUUUGGAGGCGUAUCUCACAAUAUGGCUACUUUCGUUGGGAUCAGCAUGAACCUGUCUGGCGGCAUCGGCUACAUCUGGGCUCGGUACACGGAGAAUAAAUCUGGGUUGCAGAGCCUCAAAAAGGUCAUGAGCUUCUCACAAAUUGGGAACUCUGGUCUGUCGAAUGGUCAAGUUCAAAAUGUAGAAAGGAAUGGGUAUCAAGGGGACGAGAUAAUGUCCCAUCGCUCCAUAGCCACUCCCUCAUCAAACUCUGAAGAGUCAUGACGCACUGUGCUCAUAUUACAUUUGUUCAUUCCAUUGUGUAGAGCAUUAUUUGCAAUGUAUAUUCUUUAAAAAAGAAUGAAUUAAGGACUUGCUUUAUACGUGCAUGGCAAAGUAAGAAUUCUGUCCUUGUGCUAUGUUUAGCAGUAAGUAUAUAAAUUGAAGUGGCCACAAAAAGUCUUUCUUUACAGCCUCUCAUUGUUGCUGAAAUUAAAUUCUGUCAGAUCAGUUCUAAUGUCUAUGGAUUUUAGAAAAACUAUUGUUAUUGGGUUCUCUCCAGCCUGUCAUUUACAUUUUUUGGGGAGUUUACAAUUUACCAUACACAUGUGUAAGGGUGCUUAUUGCAGGGAUUCUUUCUCUCUGGCUCCGGACACUGCCUUCUAUUGUCUUUGUUAUUGAUGUUAUUCUGAUGGCUGAAUGAACAUGGCUUCCGUAUUGUGAUGUGCGUCUUGACUGCACUCAAUACAGUGGUACGUCUCUGGUACCAACAUAAUAGACACUGAGAAACCUGUAGUCCCCCCCUUCCCCGAACUGCAUACCAAAAAUUCCCUCAAAUCAGCAACUUUUUUUUCUUCAAUGGGAUCUGCAACACUUUUACAUUAAAAAAUGUUUGUGCCAACAGGGACAGCAAAAAUUAAAGAGUAGUGGAAUAAUGAGUCUUCUUUAAUAGUGAAAGAAGCCAACCAUGUCUCUGCACUGACUCACCAACUGCUCUUUGUCUGUCUGUACACCCUGCAUAUUAGUUCACUGAGGCUUGGCUUCUCCUUCCUUCUGUACACAAACACAAUCAUUACACUAGUGUUAUCUGGGACUCUAAAAUGCCACCUAUUAACCUUUGGUCUUUUUUUCCUCUUAUUUAUGUAGCGGCAAAGUUUUAGUAUCAGAAUCAGGCUUGGUUAUUUUUACCUAAUUUCAUUGCAGCCUCAUCUGUAAUCCUUUGUUGUAUCAUAUUUAUUUGCCGUAAAUAUUCAAAAUGACAUUUGGGGUUUUCAUGUUUCUGGUUUUCAGGGUCUUAAAUGUUUUUAUAUAAAUUUAGCUUUUUGUUUUUCAUUUGCCUUCGUAAGUUUCAUGGUCAUAUUUAGACCUACCCAUAAUACACUUAAUUGGAAUGUCAGACUGGAUUUUUGGACUGCCUGAUGGAGUAUAUUGUUGGUUAUGUUUUUGGGGACGGGGAUGACAUUUUCAACUGUUUCCAGCUUUUGGUUUGUUGAGAUAUGGAGAUAUUUUGUGUUUCAGAACUUAAAAGUGUUUUGAUUGUUAAAAAAAAAAA